AUGGGAGAUAAUUGGGAUGAUGAUGAUUUCGAAGUUGCCGAAGUUUCGACUUUCAAAGAUUCCGAACCAGCAGCAAUUCAAAUAACCGAUGAAAAACCAAAAGCGGCGGCUGCUCCCAAAAAAGCUGAACCAAAGAAAGCUCCAACAUUUGCAAUGGAAAGUUUGGGAAGAGAAUUGACAUCGGCUGAAAAGGAAGCAAUGCAAAAGAAGAAUGAUUUAGCAUUGGCAAGAGAUAUGUUUGGAGAUGAUGGUGGAGGUUAGUUUAAGUUAUUCGAAGAAAUAGGAAAAAAAAUUAUCGCCUCUAAGAUUGUUAACAAGUUUACGGCAGAUAAUUAUGAACCUGAAAUAUAGUGCUGUAAAUUAUUUUUUAUUUUCUCAUUGUAAAACUUCUAACGAGUGACGUAAAAACAAUUUGGAUGAUCAGUUUAACAAGUCUUUUAAAACAUGAUUAAAAAACUGUUUUCUCUAGAAUUUUUGAAAAUAGUUUUUUUUUCUAAAUUAUCAACAUUUUCAGACGAUGAAAGUUCAUCUUAUGCCAAUAUUUCAUCAAAAGAAGAAUUUGAAUAUUGGGGAGAACGUGUUGGUGGAUUUUUGGCAACAAGAAGCAAAGCUGGAAAUUAUGGAUCUAUGAUUGGAAAAUUGAUGGUUUCUAUCACUGAAAAUUGUGAGUUUUAAAAUUUAAAUUCAAUAGGUUUUUGUUUAAAAAAAAUAUUCCAGUGACUGUUGCUGAAAUUCAAAAAAUCAGCACAUUAUUGACUCAAAUUAGUACAUCGAAGAAAAACCGAAGAGAAAAAACAAAAGGCUGCAGCACCUGCAACAACAGCAGCCGCGAAGAAAAAUCAGAAAAAAGCAACACUCAAAGUAUCGAAAGCGACCAACAAUGUUUAUGAUGAUUAUGGAGGUGGAGCUGACGGUAUGUUUUUCCUUUUUUUUUUGAAACUAUGAAAAUUUUACGCUUCUUGAUGUUAAAGGGAACAUUCACAUUGCGUUUCUAUUUUUUUCUUUCAAAAAUCAAUAUUUUCAGAUUACGACGACUACGAUGAUUUCAUGUAA